AUGACCACCCCCACUCCACACCUUCGGCCCAAAACUGGAACCUGGGGUCCACGAUCAAUCCACGGGACUCGGAUUUCGACGACGGCACAUCCCACAGUUUGCGGUACCACCACCCCCCUGCGUCGCCCCAGAAACCCCUGCUCCUACCUUCGCACCCCCAAGAAGAGGCUCAGCAUCGUUCGUCGGAGUGGCACACAGCACAGUCAUCGGCCAACUGGCCACCGCAGAAGCGUCGCUCAAUCGUUCAUGAGGUCGGAUGCCCCACCGCCGACUGUCUUUCAAACCCGUACUUCCACUGUGGAUGGGAGCGAGCCCGUCUACCUCGAAGUACGUAACCGCGGCAUGCCCCUCGAUCAGUCGACGCCCGGCUUGGGCGAAAGCUUCUUGGAGGGCUCCUUCCAAAAUGUCGGUGCCAAGCUCAAGGCGUGCAACGACACGCUUGGCGACGUUCAGCAGCUGGGCAUCGAACACAUUGUCUCACUCCCGAGCCUCAUCAUGGUGGGAGACCAGUCGGCCGGGAAGUCCAUGUUGAUGUCCAGCGUCGCGGGCCUGCCCCUUCCUCGGAGCGAUGGCGUCUGCACGAGGUGCCCAAUUCACAUCCGUGCCUCCAGAAACAACGAGUGGUCGUGCCGUGUUAGUCUGCAACUAGAUUACGACUAUUGCCCACCUCCAUUCGGGCAGCCCAUUACGAAGGAUGACGUUACCGCUGAGAACCCUUUCCCGCCUUGGGUCCGACGACAAAAUCGUGAGGUCAAGGAGUUCAUGACCAUCUACUCACGGAACAAAAGCGAGAUCGAAACUGUUCUCCGUUGGGCCCAGGUGGCGGUCCUGAACUAUGCCCAGAACUCGGAUUUGUUCAUUCCUGGCUCAGGCGCCAUCGCGAGGACUAGGGAACUUGCCGUCGAAGCCGAGAAUACCAUUGCCAAAUUCAGCCCCAACACUGUGGCACUCGAGAUCAAGGGCCCUGACCUGCCCGAUCUCUCGUUUUAUGAUCUGCCCGGCAUCUUCCGCAAUUCUGGAUAUGAGGAAGACGAGUAUCUUGUUCAAGUUGUCGAAAACCUGGCGGUUCAGCACAUUUCGGAAAACGACGCUCUCAUCAUCUGGGCGGUCCCCGUGAAUGCCGGUCCGGGAAACGUCGUCUACUUUGUCCAUCAUUCGCAAAGUUGGCGCGCUGAAGCGCACCUUCGCCGGCAUGACCCAGGCUGA